CCGAGCACGCGAUCACGGAUAGAAGGCUCCAAACUAGCGUUAGUAAGCUAACGGCUUCACAAUAUAUUGAUCAUUGUACGUAAGUGUGUGUAUCAGGUUACAGAGAUGGACUCCAGGUCUUUAAUGUCAUUGGAUUUAAUGUGUGGGAACGGGCUGGCCCUGAGCACCGAGCACAAGGCAGCUCUACAAACAUCUCUGCUCAUUGUGAAGAGAAAUUACAAAUUUAACAAAGUCCUGUUCUGGGGAAAGAUCCUGGGAAUUAAAAAUGAUUAUUUCAUAGCUCAAGGGGUCGGAGAAGAUGAAAUGAAGGACAAAAAGUACUUAUACAGUUUUAAUUGCAUGAAUUGGCACUUGCUUCCUCAUGCCACCGAGGCCCUGGCAGAGGAGGUGGCUGUGGUGGCUACGGGACGUUUUAUGGGUGAUCCAGCUCACAUAUACGAGCACACUGAAGUACAGCACCGGGGAGAGGGAGAAGAUGCUGUGGAGGAGGAAGUCACGGUGAAAGUGAGUGAAGAGAAACGGCUAGCUGUGGCUGUGUUUACCAUCGAUAAAGAGGUGGCCUUUGUGCCACGAGGCGCAUACAUUAAGAGCCCUCAUGGCACUGUUCAGACUAACCGCAGCUUUGAGGGCCUAAGCCCUACAGAGGUAACGAAGUUAAACAAUUAUUUACACUUCACUGAACCCAAAAACCUGAAGAAGAAAUCCAUUUUACAAAUGGCUGAUCUUAACCCUUCCAUUGACUUCCUGGAUCCUCUAAGUGAUGACAUUCCCAAAGGAUCAUGGAGUUUACAGUUCGAACAUGGCAGCAGAGUCUGUGUUAUCAGGAGUCUGCUGUGGCUCGGUUUGACCUUCAUCCACAUACCCGCAACCCCGGAACACGGUUACAUCUACGUGGGAGACGGCCUCAAGAACCUGGACCUGCCUGUCAUGAUGUAGAGAGAUUAAAGUGAAAGAUGAAUUCAUUCCUUUAAAUACGUUAACGGUGUCAUAAGCUUUCUU